UACACGUCCAACAGAUCAUCAUCUAUAUCGUCCGUUAACUUGUAUAUACAUCCUUUUCUCACAUCCCAUAAACUCACCAAACCAAUCUUUGCUUACAUCCUUUUCUGCAAAUCCUAUCUUUGCCCAACAAAAACAUGGCAACUACAACAAUGUCUUUAUCGUCUUUAACAGGACAAGCAGCGAGACCUGUUCCAUUUGCAUCAGGGGUUUCCGGUAACGGAAACGUGUCAAUGAGGAAAGCAGCCGCAAAAGCUGCAAUGUCUAGCAGCCCAUGGUACGGUCCAGACAGAGUCAAGUACCUGGGACCAUUCUCUGGUGAGGCUCCUUCAUACCUUACUGGUGAGUUUCCUGGUGACUAUGGCUGGGACACUGCUGGUCUAUCUGCUGAUCCUGAAACCUUUGCCAAGAACCGUGAGCUUGAGGUCAUCCACUGCAGAUGGGCAAUGCUUGGAGCUCUUGGGUGUGUUUUCCCCGAGCUCUUGGCCCGUAAUGGUGUCAAGUUUGGAGAAGCUGUAUGGUUCAAGGCUGGGUCACAGAUCUUUAGCGAGGGAGGACUUGACUACUUGGGUAACCCAAGUUUGGUCCAUGCACAGAGCAUAUUAGCCAUUUGGGCUACUCAAGUAAUCCUAAUGGGUGCAGUUGAGGGUUACCGAGUAGCUGGUGGACCACUUGGAGAGGUAGUUGACCCGCUUUAUCCUGGUGGGAGCUUUGACCCAUUGGGACUUGCUGAUGAUCCUGAAAGUUUUGCUGGGUUGAAGGUCAAAGAGAUAAAGAAUGGUAGAUUAGCUAUGUUCUCGAUGUUUGGAUUCUUUGUGCAAGCUAUCGUGACUGGGAAGGGUCCAUUGGAGAACCUUGCAGACCAUCUUGCUGACCCUGUUAGCAACAAUGCCUGGUCUUAUGCCACUAACUUUGUUCCCGGAAAGUGAAAAUGAAGUAAAAGUAUAUGAAUGUACUUGUAAAUUAUCCAAAAAUGUAAUUGAUUAUAUGAGUACUUGCUGACAUUGUUAUCA